AUGAACGCCGAGACCUGCAUUUCAUACAGCGAUAUGACAUCCAUGGAUUCAUAUUAUAGCCUCUCUGCAGCACAAGGUAGGGAUCACCAGACGGACCACUUUAGGACAUUCCCAACCACUGACACCAAAUACAGCCCCACUGCCUUCCUGCCCAACAAAGGUCAGGCUUACGGAGAAAAGUCCCGGAGCCCCUUCCAGCAGGAGUGCCAGUCAUUGGAUGCCGCCGCAGCUGGGCAAGGCACUUUCAGUAAAUACCACCUCUUCAUGCAAAGGUCUUCUUGCAAAACACCCCCUGAGGAGAGCAAACUGCACCCGGAGAGCGGACACAACGGAGCGCUCGUCACGUGCUAUGGUAAAGACAGCUCAGGUCUGACAGACUCUGAUUUGGCCCCUGACUCCGACCCACCUGGAAUGGACACGAGCUACCUGUCAGUGAAGGAUCAGGGUGUGAAGGCUGCCUCUGAUAGGCCGCCAGGCACUGAAUUAGCAAGCCCUCUGGACAAGGGCGAUGGCAGCGAGAGCAACAAGGGCAAGAAGAGGCGCAAUCGCACAACCUUCACCAGCUACCAGCUGGAGGAGCUCGAGAAGGUUUUCCAGAAGACACACUAUCCAGAUGUUUAUGCGCGAGAGCAGCUGGCACUGAGGACUGACCUGACUGAAGCUCGUGUGCAGGUGUGGUUCCAGAAUCGAAGGGCGAAGUGGAGGAAGAGGGAGCGUUUUGGUCAGAUGCAGCAGGUCCGAACCCAUUUCUCUACAGCUUAUGAGCUGCCUCUUCUGACACGCCCUGAGAACUAUGCACAGAUUCAGAAUCCUUCUUGGAUCGGUGGCAGCAGUGCAGCGUCCCCUGUGCCAGGUUGUGUUGUGCCCUGUGACACUGUGACUCCCUGUAUGACCCCUCACCCCCACUCGGCCAGCGGGAUGUCUGAUUUUCUGGGUGUGCCGAGCCCUGGAGGUCACGUGGGACAGGCUCACAUGGGGAGUCUGUUUGGAGGCUCACCUGGCAUGGCCACUGGCAUCAACACGUAUGAUCUCAACAUGGACCCUGAUCGCAAGUCCUCUAGUAUCGCCACUUUGCGCAUGAAGGCCAAAGAGCACAGUGCAGCCAUAUCCUGGGCCACAUGAUGUGUUGAUACCUGCUAGACGGGGAACCCUUCAGACCCCAGAUAUUUCUAAACUAGCCCAGCAAAAGGUGAGAUGGCGCUAAAAUCGACAACUUUAAAGGCAACAGUGACUACCUUCUUAAAUGUUGCAAUAGAAUGAUUAUGCAAAUACAUGGAGGAGUGAAGAUUAAAUGAAGAGAAAACAACAAGAGAUUUGGCCAGAUAAGUCAUGUGGUACUGCCAAAGUGGGUUGAUGGAGCUUUGUAGAAGACCUGAUGAGAGGUGAUGCUGUACUGUAGAGAAGGAUUCAAAGUGUAGAACUGAAACUAAGUAUUAGCUGAAUUAUUUCAAAGAAAUCCAUGCACUUAUUUGCUAAAAUACAGGAAACUCUGUUUGUUCAGUGCUCCCAGUGUCAUUGUCUUCUCUGUGCAGGUGCUGUUUUACUCUUACUUUGUUAUUUAAAACUGUAAGUGUUAUUGUGUUUUUCCUUUUAAUCAUUUUGUUAGUGGUUUUGAUUAAAACAUUGUUCAACAAGCACCCUUAAAACUGAAAUGUAGUUCUUAUAUGGUAUGUAUUAUUCAGGCAGUCUUUAUCAGCAUGAGCACAUGUAGAAUUCAUGCCUAUGCUAUGAAAAUUGUUUAUAGACACCAUAGCUGUUAUAUUUUGGGGAUUCUCAGAUGGGUGUGCAGAUUCAGUGACUACAGAGGUGGUUCUACAGUCUGUCAUUUAAAAGUCAAACAGAUGAAAUGUGGUUUGUUUUAGUGUGGUCAGGGUGACAGAUCCACCUGCUGCACUGCCUCAGCCUGCUGAUGGCCAGAGCCAGAGGAAGGGAUGGUGGAGGAAGUGUGGGUGUGUGGGAGCAUGAGAGGGGCACAGCAGGCCUGCUGGCCUCAGGGCUGAAGAGCCUGGGAGCGCCAGCCUCCAAACAGAGCCAGCUCUGUUUUCUCCAAGUGGACAUGCCCGUGCCCCUUGCAUUUCCAGUCUCAGAGUUUCACAGAGAGGGAGAGAGAAGUGCCUACUAGUCAGUCAAAAUGCCAGAAAUAACACCGAAAGCAGCAGCAGCCACCUUUGAAACAGAGGAGGCUGGUGGAGAUUACACACAGAGUGUUGACACUUGGAAACACUGAAAGGAUGUCAGUGUUCAAAAGACUUUUCUGGACUCGAGUGAAGUCAGUCUCACCUUUGUCUGCCUUUGGCUGAAAGGUUUGACCUGUAAAUGGUCAAAGAGCAGCACUGACAAAGAAAUCUAACAGAUUUAUGCACAAUAACUUUAUCAAAUAUAUCUGUGGAUGAUGGAUGGCGGUAUCCAAACUUAGGAAAUUAAGCAGCAGGACAUCUCUAUGACAAUCUCGCAGCUGAGGUAAUAACAAGACUGGAUUACCAAACUAAAGAUGUCCAGGGGCUCCAGGGGACCCUAGUCUUUUUUAUGACCACUCAUUUGAUUCAUCUAUUUUGUAAAGACAUUUCCAAAUCUUGUAGUUUAUUUAUAUUGGGCUCAAGUGGAACACAAUCCUAAAUAUAGUUUAUUAACACUAAAUCACCAUCAGCUAAAGUACAGAAAUUUGGGAGUAAGUUAAUACUCCAGUACAGGAGUAACAUAAUAAGGCUGCCAUCUACAUUUUGUGCUUUGUGUGAGUUGUGCUUGAUGAUACAUUUUACUCCACGUCCAUUUCUAUCAUCACCUGGAACAAAAUUUUUGCAUUUGUGGGGAGGAAAAACUACAAUUAUACUGAGCUACAAAGCAUUAAAAAUGCCUCUGACUCCAAAAUCACAUCCAUACCACAGAGGUCCAAAGACUGAAAUACUGUAUCUGAAAGCUAUCUUUAUUUCUGUCCCGGCAACUGCCUCCUCCAGUGACAAAAAUAGCAAAUGAGUUCAUGCUUGUUCUUUUGUUGAGCGGGGCUGAUUUGGGCUGAAAGCAUAACAAAAGGUUUUGUUUCGGAAAGCAAACCUGAUACUCAUAGCACACCUCCAGGCAGAGGAACCGCUGCCGCUUUCCCUAACCUGAACCACAUUGGUUGCCCUUCUGGGCAGGUAGGAGAAGAAAAGGCUCAACCUGUCAGCAGAGCAGAUCACCCUGAAGUCAUCCAAAUUACAUCCAGUUUUACCCUUCGCUCCAAAUUCAAGGCAUGUGCAUAGUUUUGACUGCAUAGUACACGACUCAAAACUGAGAGGAUCUCCUUGGAAAUGUGAACAUAGGGCCCCUUCGCUCUGGCUGAGGGGUUGGACGGAGGGUGAGCCGUGAGGGCGUUUGCUGUGUUCCGGUGUUCUGGGAAAAGGACAGUGCACACAGCUGCGCUCAGGGGGUAAAUGCAAAACAAACAUGCCUCACACAUGCUUCCCCCUCAGCUGUCAUGGCUCCGCUUUCAAAGAUCCUCCCCCUCCUCACCCACCUCAACACACACAUACACAUCACACUGGGCCUCUCCCUUAGCUGACUUCCACCGCGUCCACUGGUCCAAAGCUGCAGCCUCCAUCGGAGCGGCUGAGGCUGUCGGGCUUAAGGGGGUGAGGCGUAGACACACAACCAACCCAGGAAGGCUUUUAAUUAUCACUGAGCCAUGUGGAAGCUGCAGACUGCAGUAUAGUGUGUCAGGACAGACAGGGCCGUCUGUCUUCUGCUCAGUUUAAUAAAGCUGGCUCACAAUGUUCAACCAUUCAGUAGCUCAGGUUUACACUUUACAAACUCUGUUUACCAUUUUUUCUUUUUUUAUGUGUAAUUUAGGCUUCAAUAUGUUUACUUUGAAGCAUCCCGGUGAUUCUCUCUCAGCUGGGGUUGAACCACAUUCAGUAUUAUUUCUUUUUACCCCCUAAAGCUGCACAUGAAGCUUGAAUUUUUUCUACACUCACAAAGAUACUAAUGCAAGAUUGGCUUUACAUGAAAAAGCUUAUCCUCCUGUAUGCUGCAUGACUUGGAGUGAUGUUAUCCACCUUUCUCAUUUUCUAGUACUACUGAAGCCAUACAAUCAGUAUAGGAGUAAUUAUAUUAUGAAUAUGUGUGCUGUUGAGUGGAUGUAUAAUUUUGUGCAUGCAAAAUUGGAUGAAGUGUUAAAAGACUCUUAGAAAUGUUACUAAUUUGUUGUAUUGUUUUAUUUUGUGAGAAUUAUCGAGGAUUUGAGUGUAUCACUUUUUUCUUUUUUUAAAUUUUGUUUGAAUAUUGUUUCCUUCUUGAUAUGUAAUUCAUUUGCGUUUCAAAAAUAAUGUUUUAUUCAUUUUUGUGGCUUUAAGCUUUUGUUUGAAAUGACUUUAU